UUUUCGUAAUACGAAAUAUUCGAAAAUUUAUGAAAGUUCGAAUUUUUAAAAAUGAAGUCUUUAAUGCUAGGAUUGGUGAUCAUUUUUCAAUUUUCUAAAACGGCACAAACUAUUUUCGAGCAUCCCAAAAUAGAUUUUACGCCGAAUUAUGACUUUAUAGAUAUAAAAAUAAACAAAGAGAAAAAUGAAACGGAAGAUCUUCGAUGGAGAAAUUUAGCAUUUGUAGAAUUCGAUAGCCAAGGAAGGAAUUUCCAGAUUUUAUUAGAAGAAGAUAACUCGAUAAUAUCUCCUAGCGCUAGAAUUUACCUUCGUGGUAAGAAAACUCACAUAGUGAAUUUGAAACAUUUAUCCGGAUCUGCUUUAUAUCGAGGAAUCGUUAAAGAUGAACUUUCUAUGGUUAACGGAUUUUUCCAUAAAAAUCAAUUUGUUGGAAGAAUAGUUUUAAAGGAAGACGUUUAUUAUCUAGAAAUGGCUUCCACCCAUCUGAAAGACGAUAGAUAUAAGGAGAAGAUUGUCAUAUACAAGGAGAAGAAUCUGUUAUCAGCAGCACUUCAUUUAGAAAAUAAUGAAGAAAAUGGAAAUGAAAUAAGUGAAGAUUUCGGUACUUCUGAUGGAAUUCUGAAUUCGUUUCGUUUCAAUAGGAGUUUUAAUGUCGCAAGGAAAAAUUCAAGACCCAAAAAGAAAAAAUUAAAUUGCGAAAUAGAACUGAUAGCAGACGAUUCUUUUGUGAAAUUCCUGAAAGGAGAUAGAGCAAACAUUGUAGCCGAAAUGCUUUAUCACGUAAAAGUUGCCGACGAAAUCUUUGGAAAAACGAAUUUCGACGAUGAUUCAAUUGCCGAAAAAAUCGGAUUUCGUGUAGAAAAAAUAACCAUUUUGGAAAAUAAAAACGAGUUAAAUUUUCCUUUCAACUCUGGUUUGGAUCCGGCCGAGUAUUUGAAUGAAUUCUCCAGAAAAGUCAAACAGAAUUGGUGCUUGGUAAUAAUCUUCUCUCACAAAGACUUUAAACAGUUAUGUGCACCAUCUUUCUAUGGAGGAUUUUGCGAAAACUCUAAUAAUACAGGGAAGUAUAGCAAAAACAUAGUGUUUGUCACUAAUAAAAUGAAGGAUGUGAUUUCCAGAGCUAUGUUUAGUACAAUGUUAAUUCACGGAAUAGGACACGCUUUCGGAUCGGAUCAUGACAACCAAAGUGAUUGGCGAUGCCUUCCCGGCAAUGAGUCCGAAUUAGAAAAUUACUUAAUGCAUCCGCUGAUGGGAAAUGCUGCGAAAGUUAACUGGAAAUUUUCUCCUUGCAGCAAAUCUGCUAUUCAACUUGCUAUUAAAAAGAAACAAGAACAGUUUUCGUCGUGCCUAAAGAUGAAAUCGCAGUCGAAGUGUGGCAAUGCAGUUACGGAAGCAGGAGAAGAAUGCGAUUGCGGUCCAAUAGAGUCUUGCAAAAAAUUGGAUCCUUGCUGCAACCCUCCCGGUACUGUUAACGAAUGCACCCUCAGAGUACAAUCGCCCAUGUUUUGCAGCCCUAAAGAGGGACCUUGCUGCGACAAAAAUUGUCGAAUCGUUUCAAAGGCAGAAGGUCGAGAAUGUUCCGUAAAUCUUAUUUGCAGAGAGAAAAACGGAAUCUGUGAUGGAAUUUCUCCAUUUUGUCCUGAAGUUCUUUUACCAGAUGGCACUCCGUGUCUAGAAUUUUCUCAUUGUCGUUUAGGAUUCUGUAUCGAUGACAUUUGCGAAGACAAUGACUUGGAGUCUUGCGAAUGUUCUAGCCUCAACGAAUGUCACGUGUGUUGUUUGGAUGACAGCGAAAGAUGCCUACCUUCUUCAGAAUUUAACUUAUCUCUACCCACUGAAUUAUUCACAAAAAUUCCUGGAACCAAAUGUGGCAACAAUACAGGGAAAUGUCUAAAGGACGGAAUUUGUAGCUUAGCGGUUAAGAAGAAAUUACGCAGGACUUGGUGGUCUACUAAUUGGCCAAUUUUGGCAGGCGUUUCUUUUACUUUAUUCUUUGCUACUUUUCUGUAUGUAUAUUAUAAAGAAAAUCUUGCAACUGUCUGGAACUUCUGCCAUGUGUCUGAACGUCAGACAUAAUCACAUAUUUAAAGCAAUCACAAAAAUUUGUAAAAACGAUUAAUUAUAUAAUAAAUAUCUCUGUUCAAAAUU